CUGUAGACGCGGGACCCGAGCAGCAGUGACGUGUAAGUGUGCGACUGUGAUCUUUUGUGCUGACUCCGAAGGAGCCUGCAGUUUAUUGUGAAGCAGAAAAUAUCUGCGGACACCAUGAAUGGAGCGGAUUAUCUGCAGCAGCACAGCGCCGAGAGUCUGUCCUUCGAAGAGAUGCAGCAGAUUAACCCGCUCGGAGUCCAUCAGCAGCAGAAAGACGAGGGCAGCCAAACCUCCGAAGUUCAGCAGCUGCUAGAGAUGAAAGAGGAUCACCCUGAAUGGGGCCUCGGUCUGGACCAGCAGGACCGAGAGUCUCUGCAAAUAAAGGAGGAACAGGAAGAACUCUGGACCAAUCAGGAGGGAGAGCAGCAUAAUGGAUUGAAGGUGACUGAUGUCACCACUUUCCCAUUCACUAUUGUUACUGUAAAGAGUGAAGAUGAUGAUAAAGAGAAGUCUCAGUCUUUGCAGCUUCAUCAAAGCCAAACUGAAGACAACAAUGAGAUGGAGCCUCUGACCAGCAGCCCAGCUAAACAGGUGUGCCGACAGCGCCAACAAGUCUACAGCCAAUCACCAAACAUGCUGCAAAAAAACGUGUCAAGAUUCAGCAUCCCACCAAUAGAAAGGAGGACUGCACGUAGAUCCAUGAAGGGAAGAGGGAGAUGGCAGAAGUGCCUGCCUGCCAGUUCCAGCUCGGACAUCACUCUAGCAACCUCUCAAUACCAGAAGGACUCAGAUGAAAACAGUGACCCCUCGCUGUCACUCAUUGCCAACGUGUCACAGACAAUGCUGGAGCCGGGCUCCUCAGCCAGCCUGCACGGGCGUGUUGGCCACAGAGUUGUGACCGGGGAGCCAGAGUUGGAGAUAGAAGAUGAAAAGCCAAUGGUGUCGCAUUGGCCCGGGGCCAAGAAGAGGAUCCGGAUGGAGCCAGAGGCAACUCUCUCCCCCGAACAGGAAGACCACCUUGUUGAGUGGUUUGCAGCUCACCCGUUCUUCUACGACCAGACAGCACGCGACUUCAAGGACAAGCGCAGGCGGGAGCAGCUGCUGGAUCAGAAGGCCGAGGAGCUAGGAGUUACCGGGAACUUCCUCUGGGGGUGGUUCCGCAACAUGCGGACCGUCUAUGGUAAACUAAGGAAGAAGAAGAACGAGCAGGCGACAAGACCACUGACAGCCAGGCAACGGUGGACUUCAGAUAUGUUCAAAUUCUUGGAUAAGCACAUGACCAUCCGCAGGAGCAGCCUGGGAAAGCUUCAAGGGGCACAGUCCACCAAUACCGGAGUGGAAGAGGAGGAAGAGGAAGAGGAGGAAGAAGAAGGAGAAGAAGAGCCUGCAAGGUCAUCAAGUCGUCCUGGGUCUCCAUCUCCUGUUCCCUCCAGUCAGACCCCAAAGUUAAAGGGCAAGAAGGCCAAGCUCGCCAGCCGCUGCGUCAACAAGGCAGUUCUUCAAAUUCCAAACAGCAUGUCAUCACUGCAGACAGCUAUGAGGUCCCUGCAGGUAGCUAUGGAGUCCCUGCAGGCGGCCGUUGGGGGGUUGAGCAACAACCGAGUCAUGUACUGUCAAUACCUGAGCACUGAGGUGGGCAUGCUCACAGAGGAACAGUGGUCUAUGUUUCAGCAGGAGACUAUGGGGAUGCUUAUUCGUUUCCGUACUGCCCGGCAGCAGCGGCAGCAGCCCUCAGUUCCAGUCCUCCUUCCUCCGGGCUCCAUGGAGUCGAUUCCAGGCCCCAGCAGCACUCUGCUCAGCAGUUCCUAUUUCCAGUCCCGGCCAGCACCGCCCCAGUAGCCUCUGUCCCAGCAAAUUAAUUUUUUUUUAUUGACUUUGUGAACUAUUUCACAAUUUAUUUACUGAUCAUAGUUGAGUGUUUAUGUUAAUAAACAAUCAUGUUUCACUGGUACUUACUUCUUGAUUCCUUGUAUCACAGUAGUAAAACUUGUGCCUUACAGCUGCAAGACAUUUUAAUUGGCGCAACUUUUACUUUGAAAGCGGACAGUCUCAGUUUCUUGUCGGUGUUAUGUAUAAACUUGAAUAAUAGAAAAAGCAGAUGUUUCUCAUUAUAUUGUACUUUAUACAUGGACCAUUGUGACCUUUAAAUUCUUAUAUUCUAAAUUUGAAAUUAAAAUUUCAAUUUCUUUUCA